UGCUGGUAGGGUUUGGAGUCGCAAGACGCGCCGAGGCAGCUGUUGUCUCACGCACUCGUUUUGUAGUUCAGGUUAUUAUUUUCAACAGCCAACCGCAAGAAAUGGAUGUGUUUUUAAUGAUUCGACGUCACAAGACGACCAUCUUCACCGAUGCCAAAGAGUCUACCACAGUCUAUGAACUGAAGCGCAUAGUUGAAGGCAUUUUAAAGAGAUCACCUGAAGACCAGAGGCUUUAUAAGGAUGAUGUGCUGCUUAACGACAGUCAAACUCUUGGAAACUGUGGCUUCACAAAUCAAACAGCCCGACCUCAGGCCCCCGCCACAGUGGGAUUAGCUUUUCGUCUCAGUGAUGAGUCAUUUGAGCAGCUAAGGAUCGAGUCAUUCUCCACUCCCCCAGAACUUCCUGACGUCAUGAAGCCUCAGGAUUCUGGCAGCACAGCCAACGAGCAGGCAGUCCAGUGAGGGCAGGGGGGGGGGUUCGGGAAACGAGAGCUACAAGGGGGUUGGAAGGGAGGGCACGUUGGUUGAGGGAGGGGUUGACUUUUGGGAAGUGAUGCCUCUGUGGGUUCAGUUUUCCAAUGCCAGUGACACAUCUUCAAGUGAGGCAUAAAUGAUUCUAACUAUGGAUUCGCCGUAAAUUUGCAGAGGCUCCAAGUGGUUAAUUUUUCUUGAAAUUAGCAAGUACAUGCUAGAUAAAUUUAUAUUUCCUCACAAGACCCUUCAGAGAUACCUGAUGGACUUGUCACAACACUGUCAGUCAUCCGUCUGAUUGGUGAAGGCUGAAGCUUUGAAUUGUACCUCUUAUUUAAUGAAUUCUUGUCUUUAUUUGGAGUAAGACUCAUGCUGCCUUGCUCGUGCUCUUUUUAUUUGUUGGCUGAGAAGGCAGAGUCAAUGAGGUUUAAGCUUUUGUGCUUGUGUUGCUAUAGCGAGGGUUUAUUGGUUUUGUUUGUCUUUGGCCUGGAUCUGUGUUGCAACCAUAAAUAGAAGUUUGUGAAUUUCUGAGUUACCAUCUGUAUUUUAAAAAACUUUUGAACAAUGCUGAAAUAAAAAUAGAUACACUUGUUUUUGUUACUUCA